CCUAAUUAUCGUAAGAUGGGCUACUCUCGAAGUCAAGUCGCUGUUCUUCUGGGCCAAAUCUAUGCAUUCUCUUCCACGAUCUUAACGCCACCACAGUUUCUUGUGGAGAUUGGAGUGGUGGAUGACCCCGCGGACGUCGGGUUCUACAGUGGGAUCGUGGAGAGCACUUUUUCGGUCACCUCACUCUUAGCAGUCUUCCCUCUUGCUUGGGCAUCAGAUCACUAUGGUCGCAAGCCUGUCAUUAUUUUAGGGGCGUUAGGAGUAUCUAUUUCAUUGGCCAUGUUUGGACUCAGUACCACAUAUGCCAUGAUGAUCAUCUCUCGAGUCAUCGGUGGUGCUGUGGGUGGGAGCACAACUGCAGUCCGAGUCAUGGCUACUGAACUAUCGGACAGAGAUUCAGAAACAUACAUUGUCAACUGGAUCUCCAUGGCAUAUCGAAUAGGCCAGAUCAUCGGUCAACCCGUUGGCGGUGUUCUUGCUCACCCCGAGAAGACCUUUCCCAAAUUGUUUGGAGGUGCAUUUUGGAGAGCGUAUCCAUAUGCACUGCCUUGCUUUGUAGGUGCAGGGUAUGCCUUCCUCAUCGCCGUUCUGGCGGCUCUCAUCCUUCGAGAGACAUUGCCCUCCCACCGGGUCUCACCACCCAAGCCGUCAAGGACGCCUAGUUUGGAAGAGACAGACCCACUACUUCCUCAUACCGAGGGUAGGGAACCUCAUAUCACCCUUCAAACCGGUGCACCUCUCUAUGAUAAACCCACCCAUCCCUCAAUCCGUUCUGUCUUCACCUUCCAGCUCUUCUCUUUAUUACUCUCCAAUGCAUUCAUGGUCCUUGUGAGCGAAGGUUUCUUUGCUCUCUAUCCCUUGUUCGCGUACACUUCCAUCGAGCUCGGAGGGCUAGGUCUCAACUCUGCACAAAUCGGAGAACACAUGUCCGUUCGAGCUCUGAUUCACCUCGUUGUUCUGAUUAGUCUGGCCGCAUGGUUUCCCACUCUGCUGUGCUUCCCAGUACUAAACUCGCUAGCGAGGAGACGAUUGGAAGCUGCCUCAUUCCUACUCAUAUCAGACCAUUCCCCAAAUGCGGAAUCCUUAUCCACCGUACAGGGUUUAUUCUCGAGCUCCAUUAUCGCACCGCAGGCCAUCGCUCCAGCCUUGGCCACUUCCACCUUUACUCUUGCCAUCAAGAACCCGCAAGUCUUGAACGGAAACGCGUUCUGGGUGGCUUCUAUUGUUCUAUGUACGUUGUUUCCUGGAUGGUAUCGUGGACUCCGGUCGUUUGGGACAAAGCUGACGAUUGCCACUGUAGGUAUGGGUGUAUUUGCACAUUCUUGGACGUUGAGAGAGUCAUUGUUUGACUGGAGGGCACAGUCUCAGGUGAACAGAGACGAUACCUCGGGAGCUUGA